CAUUACGUUAUGCUCUUUUCUACACACACACACACAAGGAUGAUAGAAAGAGAAGACGUAAUGGAGUGUUCCUGAGCGUCUUUGCGAUGAAAAUCACUUUAAUAUUCGACAGUAUUCGAGGAAGGGAGUUGCAAUGAAGGCGGGGGCCUCCUCCAUGUGGGCGUCAUGUUGCGGGCUGCUGAACGAGGUGAUGGGCACAGGGGCGGUCCGCACCCAGCAGCCAGGCUUUGGAGCCGGAGCCGGGCCGUUCCGCUUCGCCCCCAGCGCUGGUUACUCCACCUACCCACCCAGCAGCACCACCUCAGGAAGCGCAGGCCUGGCGUGCAAAGCCUGCGGACUGGCCUUCUCCGUGUUUAGACGAAAGCACGUUUGCUCGGACUGCAAGAAGAGCUUCUGCUCGCUGUGUUCUGUGCUGCAGGAGAACCUGCGGCGCUGCGCCACCUGCCACCUGCUGUGGGGCACGGCCUUCCAGCGGCCCAGGUUAAUGCGACUCCGCGUUAAAGACCUGCGGCAGUACCUCACGCUGCGAAACAUCAACACGGACACCUGCAGGGAGAAAGAGGACCUGGUGGACCUGGUGCUCUGCCAUCUGGGUGCUGAGCUGGAGAUGGGGGAGGAUGAGGAGGAGGAGGAGGAAGAAGAGGAGGCGGAGGCGGAAGCGGAAGUGGAUACGGACAGUCUGCCCUCACUUCCGCGCUCGCUCUCCACGCCGCCCACCUCCGCGGCACGAUCCUCCUCCCAGCAGUCGGCGCUGUCUGUCGCCGUGUCUCAGGGAGAGGCUCUCAGUCGCAGCGAUAGCUCAGGGACAACCAAUCAGGACCAUGGAGAUGCUACAUCAGUUUCCCUCCUCAACCUGGAGCCUCACGACGACAUACUGGAGGCCAGCCCAGCGACGCAGAGGCGAGCACGUGCCUCCCUCUCGGAUCUGUCCCACGAGGAGGACAUCGAGAGCCUGACGGUGCGGCAGCUGAAGGAGAUUCUCGCCCGCAACUUUGUCAACUAUUCAGGCUGCUGUGAGAAAUGGGAGCUGGUGGAGCGCGUCCAUCGUCUCUACAGAGAGAACGAACUCAACAGAAGAUCAAUGGAAAAUGUUAGCAACAGCCUAGCUGCAGUCAAAGUCAUAGCUUACCCUCCUCCUAUAUGCAAUGGAGGUAUUGGAGAUGGUGUACAAGUAGCUCAGCUGGGCGGCGUUGAUGAGAACCUGUGCCGUAUCUGCAUGGAUGCCGUGAUAGACUGCGUUCUGCUGGAGUGCGGUCACAUGGUCACCUGCACCAAGUGCGGCAAGAGGAUGAGCGAGUGCCCCAUCUGCAGGCAGUACGUGGUGCGGGCGGUGCACGUUUUCAAGUCUUAACCGGUGAGCUUCACCUCCACUGGAAAACCAACACACCAGAUGCUUCCUGCUGGACCGAGCAGGCUGGGGCCACGACUGGACCAAUGAACUGCCCCUUUAGAUUCAAAGUGGUGGAAACCUGUACUGCGCACACCUUCUUUACAGAGCAUUUCCUGCUACCCAUUUUUAUUUGGUCAUUCAUUGACACGUUUGAAAUCAUUUCUGCGGUUACUAACCCAGGGAAGAUGGGAGAUUUAGCGGAAUAACGUAUAAAAAUAUGAAAGUUUAAGUGGUUUACAGUACAUUCCUGUAAACUUUUUGGAAAUGUCUUAUUGUAUGUGCAAUAUUAGAAAUCUUUACAUGUUUGUGUAGAGAAACCGAUUGCCAUUAAGAUGCAUGUUGUUGUAGCAGCAGUUAAGACCAUUGGCGUGAAGGGGGAACGUACUGUAGGUGCCAAAGUAGAAAUGUGCAGAACGGCUUCUGGAUUACGUUUUUACGUGCUAUAUUAUUAAUAAGCGUGUUAUUUUCAUGUAUUAAAUCGGCUAUUGCCAUACCACAAAUCAGCAUCCAUGACACCGGAUCAAAUGACCAGCUAGCAGAAGAGUUAUUUAUAGCAAGAUUAUAGAAACUGUAUCGUAUUUUUUCACAGAAUCACUGGAAUCCAGCAUCUGCCGCUAUGUAGCUUAUUACUGGAACCUCAGUUACUUUUUUUAUCAAAUUUUGCAGUAUCUGUCAAACGCCAGGUGUGUGGUUGGUUUGUCUCCAUUGUGCUGCAUAUACAAGUUACUUAAAGGUGUGCUAAGUCUUUUUUGAUUAAUUAAAAGUGUCAGAUAACUGGGUGGUUACCAAGGUAAAGGAAGUUAGGCUGGUCAUGUGAUCUCAACGGUAUAAGGAAGGUUCACCUUUGUAGAGUCUCACAUGAGUGUACAGUAUUAAAACAUUUGUCAAAGUACUAUUCAUUGGUAUAGAAGUUGGUAAAAAAAAUCUCAGUGCACCUUUAAGCCUUGGUAGGUUUCAUUUGCAAAAUAUUCGGUUUUUAUAGUGGGUCAAAAAGACCAUUUUGAGUUCGAUGUUCCUCAUCUCCAGCAAUACCAUGAAAGACAUGCGUUUUUUGGUGAGCUGUAUUGUACCACAUUUACAUGGCAGAAGAGAUUUCCACAAGCGGUGCUACAUGGAUUUACGUAUCACAGUUCUCUAUUGCAUUCGUGAUUUUACUUAUGUUAAAUAAACUGUUUCUUUCCCUUUUUGUGCAUAUUUACAUUUGAUAAAGAGGAAAGAAAAUUGUUAUUUGAUUCCUCUAGAAUUUGCCCUUUGUUGCUGUGAAUUCUGUAGUCAAAUACAAGUUAUGUCUGUGGUAUUGGCUAGACAAACAAAUAUAAAGGAACGUUUAAUCAAUUAAACAUAAAUGAUUUUAUAUACAUGUGAAAAAAAGAUGUACACAAAGUAUAUGGAUAUAUUUUCCUCUGUUGUCCAGUUUUUCUUGCAUUUUCUUUUAAAUGUUUCGUUCCCCUUCAGCGUUCCAGUUUUUCCUUGAAUGUAAGCAACUUUUAAUUAGUUGUUUAUAUUUUAAAUAAGUCACAAAUAAUUCUAUUGAUUACAUUCUGGUGUCACAUCCAUGUAUUUCUAUAAUCAGACUAUUUUUAAUUUGCUUCUAGAACAUCUCCACACCCGUCUGCCCAACACUGACACUGUGCUUAUGUGUAUGUUUCUAAUGCUGCUAUCUCUAAAAGAUGUCACUUGGUAGUAGGCAACUGCUCUAGCUGAGCAGACAAGAUUACACAUUCAGUGACUUAAACUGAGCGCUGGAAGACGUUUUGGGAUCUGGUCUUUGUAUUUUGGAAUGUAUGGAACUUUUUAUUUUGGUAAUUCAAAGAUGAUUUAUUAAAUUUAAUAAAAUAUG